CACAGACUCCACAAUUAAAAGAAAAAGUUUAUAUAAGAUGACUGGUCUAUCUUCCUUUCUCCGCUUUUUCACUAUACUCAUAUUCAUUGCAUCCAUGUUGGCCGUUAAUCAAUGUCAUCAAGUUCCUGCAGAUUGGGGGCUAUAUCAUGUGUUUUUGGCUACAGAUUUGAAGCACAGAAAAUUAGGCCGCAAAACGAAUCCGAGUCCCCCCCCUCCUCCAGCAAGAAACCAGAUGCACCAUCAAUUCCCACCUGAGCGGGAUCCGCCCCUAACUCCUCCACCUGCACUCUGAUUGAUUUAAUUUUCUCAAACGCCAUCUUUUUAGUGGACCUUGAAGGAAAACUCUCAAUUAUAAUCUUGCACAAAAAGUUUGUUGACUCCCUUUAAUAUUUUGUCCAAUUAUAUAUGUGAUAUGCAGAAUCAGCAACCCUUCUCGUAUCUGGGAUCGUCACUGGAAUCCCACCAUUCCCGAAAAAACGAAUUGCAUUUUUCAAAACAAAGCAAGCUAUUUUACUAAAAGCAAAAAGCCUGGCUUUCAAGGAUUUUGCCGGUGAGUGGCAAAGUAUGCGAGUUUGAGACCUCGUGCAUAGCAGCAAAAAAUGGAGAAACGUUGAAAAGAAUCCGCAUCAUCAUCGUUGCAAUUCUGAACCUGCCCCCGCAACCGACGAUCACCAACUCUUGAACCAUCGACAGCAACCAUCCCUUGUUCCAAAUUUCCAAGAUUGUUUCUCUGCUAAAGGAUGCCUUGUACCUGUUCGACGAAUUGCCCCAGUCAAUCUGAAAGCUCUUUUCGGUACUAGCACCUCCUCCUGCCGGAAGCUUGAUCUGCCUCUGGUUGCUUGGCUGUGGUGCCUUGUACCUGCUCGACGAAUUGCUCCAGAGAAUCUGCGUUUUUUUUUUUUUUUUUUUUUUUUUUUUUUUUUUUCAGGGUGCCCAAGGUGAUUCUGCGUUCAACCGCCCAAGGAUAUUCGGCGUUCAACCUUACUUUAUGGUGUUGACAACUCUAAACUGAAUUAUCAUGGGCACAAAUAUCGUCUGUCCAUGGGGUUUUCUUGCAGAGACGGUUAUGCCGACAACUAAUAUGCCCCCCGUUCAACCAACUCUGAAGGCAAGGACUUUUGCUUCUGUCGUUUCCAUCCCAAUUGAAGACGUCCAUCUCAGCCAACUUCCAACUCCGGUUGUGCGUGGGGACAAAACAUAUGUCAAAAUUAGCGAGGAUCUAUACCAAGAACAGUUGAAGUUGUUUCAAAAUAACCUCCUUGGGCGUUUGCUCCUAAAAAAUGGUUCUACGCCAAUGAAGACCGGUGCUCUAAAAUCUUGCUUAGAAGAUGCAUGGCGCCCUACUGCACCAUGGAACCUGGUUCCUAUAGGUAAAGGUUAUUUUGAUAUCCAUUUCAAUAAGGAAGAUGAUAUACGACGGGCAUGGGGUGGCGGUACGUGUACUCUUGCUACUGGUUUAUUCAGGUUAUCAAAAUGGACGCCAGAUUUUAAACCAGGUGAUGUUCUCCCUCAAACUCAUGCUCAGGUAUGGAUCAAAAUUUUUGGUUUGAGUCAGGAAUAUUGGCAUCCUAGACACUUGAUGGAAAUUGCGAGAGGGGUCGGCACUCCCUUGCAACUAGAUUCAGCUACAAGGGAAAGGCAAUAUGGUUAUUAUGCACGCAUAUUAGUUGAUGUCAAUCUUGCAGAUGAUUUACCUACAUCUCUUAUGGUUGAAAGAGAAAGUCAUGGCUUCCCGGUUGAGGUGGUUUAUGAAAAUUUACCGCCCAAAUGUAGUCACUGUGGUUUGAUAGGGCACUUGGCUAAUAGCUGCAGACAACUUAAACAGAUGUCGAGAGGUCGUUCUCGUAGCCGGACGCGAAAGGGUGGUAACAUGGGGGACAACAAAACCGGAGAUCACUCUCGCAGCCAACUGCACAUGGAAUAUCGUCCCAUAAAAGAUACAACAAUACCGGUUAAUGUCUUUUGUGGGUCACAUGCUUCUGAACCUGAACCUCUUCAACAGGUUGAUCAAUUGUUGCCUGCAGGUAUUAAGGCAGCGGAUGAUGGUAAUGCUGAGCCCAUUCUUCAGUCUCCUCUUGGAAUAACGCCAGCUGUUUCUGGUAAUGUCAUACCAGAGACUGACACCGCUGAUACGCAUAUUAGUAUUCAAUCCCCUGGGAUUUCGCAUAUUAGCAAUUCUAUGACCGGAUCGCUGUCUCCAGAUGGAUCACAUCCUCUGAAUGGUCUUUCUUAUGGUCAGCAUUUGGGCAACACCAUUGUCCCAAACAAUCUUGGCCCACAUGAUCUCUGUGACGACUCUAGCUCUCCUCCUGGCUUUGAGCAGGUCGAGACGGUAGCUCAUAAUAGUCAGCAGUUGGGCAACACAGAUGUCCCAAAUAAUUUUGGCAUGCAGGAUCCUCAUGACAACCAUAGCAUUCCCCCUGGUUUUGAACAUGUUGCGACAUUAGCUAAAGAUGUCUUCGAUAUUGUCAAUCACAUUGAAGGCUGUGAUAUGGAUGGUUUUACUCCUGUGUUAUCUAAUAGUCAACGGAAAAAACAAAAGCAGCUUGCCAAUCUUAAUCAACCCUCUGAUAAACCAUAUCCAAGUAGGGUCCGAGGAAUACCAGCUCGUUAUAAAUGAAGGUUCUCUUCUGGAAUAUCCGUGGCAUUGGUAACGAUGACUCUCGGACGGAGCUCUCUAACAUCUGUCGGUUGCAUCACCCGGAUUUGGUUUGCAUUGCAGAGCCUAUGGUGACUUUUAAUUCUAUUUCAGCUGCUUAUUGGGAUUCUUUAAAUCUAUCUGCUCUUACUUUUAAUUCUAGAGGAACUCUUGCUCCCAACCUUUGGUUACUAACAUCUUCAGCUUGUGCAGACCCUUUAGUUAUCUCUAUCUCGGAUCAACAGGUUACGGUUCGCUGUACUUUUGACCAUAUCCCGAGCCAGUUCACAUUUGUUUAUGCAAGCACUUCACCUAUCAAAAGAAGAGACUUGUGGGCUGAUUUUAUCUCUCUGCGCCCACAAACACAUGUUCCAUGGAUGGCUAUUGGUGAUUUCAAUGCUAUCCUGGGCGCCCACGAGCAGAUGGGAGGAGGCAGACCGUCCCAAGCUUCAUGCGCUCAGUUUAGGAAUAUGUCUGACACUUGUAACUUUACCCACUUGAACACAUCUGGGGCAGCCUUUACAUGGUCUAAUGGCUGGAGGUCACGUGGUCGCACUGAAAGAAGGUUAGAUCGCUCCUUGUGUGAUAUUAGUUGGUUUGAUUCUUGGCCCCACUCUAACUGCAUAGCAUUGCCAAAGGUAGUCUCAGAUCACAACCCCCU